GUUUUAUAUGCGAAAAUAAAAUAACAACAAAGUGUUAGCUUUAUGUGCAAGAACCAUCCAAAGACGAAAAUGUCUGAAGGAACAAACUCAAACCCAACAAUUAAAAUUGAACCAAUCGAAUAUCCUCAAGAUAAACAAGAAUUUGAUUGUUGUCUACGAGUCAAACAAAAAUUAGAUGAUUAUAUAAUAUCAGAAGAAUGUCCGGAAAACGAAGAAAUGUCUCUACAGCGAUUUUUAAAAUCUGAGGUAAAAAUUGAGGAAGAUAUAGAGCAGGAGGAGAAUGAAAAUGAAAAUCAAGAUGAAAAACCUUACAUAUGUAAUGAAGAAAUCCUUGGAAAACUUGAAACAACCCAUGUCUUGAAACACAAUGAAACAUUCACGACAAAACAAUCAUUAAACCCAGAUAAAAUGACUCACACUGUAGACCGCCCUCAUAAGUGCGAAAUAUGCAAUAAAAGAUUUUUAAAGCUAUGUUAUUUAAAAAGACAUUUAUCAGUGCAUACUGUAAACACCACAUGUGAGACAUGUGGCAAAACAUUUAGAUCAAGAUUCACAUUAAUGCAACAUGCUAGAGUUCAUACCGGAGAACGUCCUUACGGUUGUAGAUUUUGCAAUAAAGCAUUUGCUACAACACAAGGAUUAAACUACCAUGAAUUGACCCAUUCUGGAGAACGUGAUUAUAAUUGUGAUAUAUGCAAUAAAACAUUUAAAACAAAACGAGCACUAAUAUCUCAUGCAAUUGUACAUACUGAAGAACGUUCUUAUACUUGUGGAAUAUGCAGUAAAGCAUUCAAAAGAAAAAAAUUAUUAAAAUAUCAUGAAAUGCUGCAUAUCGGAGAAUGUCCUUAUAAGUGUGAUGUAUGCAAUAAAGCAUUUGUAACAAAACAACGAUUGGACACACAUAAAAUAAUUCACACUGGAGAACUGCCGUAUAAAUGUGAAAUAUGCAAUAAGGGGUUUAAUCAAUUAAUUAGUCUGAAAGGGCAUUUACCUGUACACGCCAAAGAAAAACCUCAUAAAUGCACAGUAUGCAAUAAAACAUUUUCAGUAAAGCAUUCAUUACACUUGCACGAAAAAAAUCAUAGUGAAGAACAUUCUCUUAAAUGUGAAUUAUGCAAUAAAACUUUCAGAUCAAAACUAGGAUUAGAAAAACAUAACAUGAUUCAUACUGGAGAAAGUCCUUACAAUUGCAAAAUAUGUAAUAAACCAUGCGGUACAGCACAAGCAUUAAACGAACAUGAAAUAAUCCAUAGUGGAGAACGUACUUAUAAUUGUGAGACAUGCAGUAAAACAUUUAGAACAAAACAAGCAUUAAGACGACACCGACUGAUGCAUUUUGCAGAACUUUCUUAUAAUUGCGAAAUAUGCAAUAAAGUAUUCAAAAGAAAACGAUCAUUAAAAUCUCAUAUAAUGACACAUAAUAAAGACCUUCCCUAUAAGUGUGAUAUAUGCAAUAAAACAUUUAGAAUAAUGCGAGAUUUGAUUCAGCAUGAAGUAAUUCACACUGAAGAAAGUCAUUAUAGUUGUGAGAUAUGCAAUGAAACAUUCGUAACAAAACUAGCGUUAGACCAGCAUAAAAAGUUUUAUCCUGAGGAACGCCUUAUGAAUGUGAAAUAUGCAAUAAAAACUUUACACAACUAUAGCUCAUGAGAAUACAUUUAUUC